UCGCGCAUUAGAAACCGGCGCUGAUGGAAUACUGCAUCUAAUCCCGGAGAUUCGGGAUACGCAUACAACGGUUCCGCGGCAGUACUGAGCAGCCGCACUUGCCUGGCAUGGCAGUGCAAUCUACGCUGCGGCACUCGGCCGCCGAGGAGGCGAUUGCUGCCUUCAUCGACAAGUACACUGAGCUCAUACGCAGCAGGUUACGCAGAACCUCAAAGACCACCCGUCUACUCUCCGUGCUUGCUCUCGCCACAUCUAUCAUUCUCGCCGGUGAGGGCGCACGCCGACGGUGGAAGCGCAAACGCGCCGAAAGAGAGCAGGGCCGCAAACUCGUGCGCACCAACUCGUGGCUGCACAAUAAGGAUGGCUCCCGUACUAUCUACGUACCAUAUAAGGAUAGAGCCUCCAAGGUGGUCAUUCACAGCACGAAACCCCUCACCUUCGAGGCUCACCGCCGGCUGUUUCUGAACCCGCCGCGGGUGUCUGGCUUGGGCGAUGGAGCCGUGCCUUCGCCACACACGAAGCCCGGCCUGAACCUUGCCUUCCUCCACCAAUUUCUCAGCCUGCUCAGCAUCAUGAUCCCGAGGUGGAACAGCAAGGAGGCCGGCCUGCUGGUGAGCCAUGGGGUCUUCCUGAUGCUGCGCACCUACCUGUCGCUGAUUGUUGCCCGCCUCGACGGUGAAAUCGUCCGGGAUCUGGUGGCCGGCAACGGCAAGUUGUUCCUAUGGGGCCUGGUCAAGUGGUGCGGACUGGGCGGGUUCGCGUCGUACACCAACACUAUGAUCAAGUACCUCGAGUCGAAGGUGUCUAUCGCCUUUCGGACACGGUUGACGCGGUACAUCCAUGACUUGUACCUGAACGACAAUCUCAACUAUUACAAGGUGCACAAUCUAGACGGUGGCGUGGCAUCUUCGGCGGACCAGUUCAUCACACAGGAUCUCACUCAGUUCUGCGCGGCGGCUGCGAAUCUCUACUCAUCAUUAGGGAAGCCGUUCGUUGACAUCUGUGUCUUCAACUACCAGCUGUACCGGUCGCUGGGGCCGUUGGCCCUCACGGGCUUGCUCAGCAACUACUUCCUUACCGCGAGCAUCCUCAGGAAGCUCUCCCCGCCUUUUGGCAAGUUGAAAGCGAUUGAGGGACGGAAAGAGGGUGAUUUCCGCAGCCUGCAUGCGCGCCUUAUCGCCAACGCCGAAGAAAUUGCUUUCUACGGCGGCGCCGCGAUGGAGAAGAGUUUCCUAAACGAGGAGUUCAGAUCCCUGAAGAAUUGGAUGGACGGCAUCUAUAUACUCAAGAUCAAGUACAACAUGCUCGAGGACUUCAUUCUGAAGUACAGCUGGAGCGCCUACGGCUAUCUCCUGUCGUCGCUGCCCGUCUUCCUGCCCGCAUGGGGCGGUCUCGUCGGCAAGUCAGAGCAGACCAAGAACGCCGAGAAGGGCGGCCAGGAACGAGCGCGGAUGAAGGAUUUCAUCACCAACAAGCGGCUCAUGUUGUCGCUGGCGGAUGCCGGCGGACGCAUGAUGUACUCGAUCAAGGACCUUUCGGAGUUAGCAGGCUACACCAGCCGCGUGUACACGCUCAUCUCGACGCUGCACCGGGUCCAUGCCAACGCCUAUUACGCCCGGGGUAGAGAUAAUGAGCUGUACUCGCUGUCGGACGUCCAGGGCACGAUCCAGAAGGGGUUCGACGGUGUGCGGCUGGAAAAUGUCCCCAUCGUCGCUCCGUCUCUGUGGCCCAAGGGCGGCGACGAGCUGAUUGAAUCGCUCUCGAUGAUCAUCCGUCGCGGCGACCACCUUCUGAUCUCGGGCCCCAACGGGGUUGGGAAGAGCGCCAUUGCCCGUGUCAUCGCGGGGCUCUGGCCCGUGUACCGCGGCCUGGUCAGCCGGCCGAGAGCCAACGGCGAGGAUGGCAUCAUGUUCCUCCCCCAGCGGCCCUACCUCAGCAUCGGAACCCUCAGAGACCAGGUUAUUUACCCAGAUGGAGAGGUCGACAUGCGCGAGAAGCGGAAGGAUGAGUAUGACCUGAAACGCGCGCUUGAGCUUGCCCAUCUCGGCUACCUGCCCGAGCGCGAGGGUGGGUGGGAUACGCGCAAGGAGUGGAAGGAUGUGCUGAGUGGAGGCGAGAAGCAGCGGUUGGCCAUUGCGAGGCUGCUCUACCAUGAGCCGCAGUAUGCGUUCAUCGACGAGGGCACGAGCGCUGUGUCGAGCGACGUGGAGGGUCUUUUGUACGAGACGUGCAAAGAGAAAGGGAUCACACUGAUCACCAUCUCAACUCGCGCCUCGCUCAAGAAAUACCACACCUACAACCUCGUGCUCGGCCUCGGCCCGGAGGGCAACGAGUGGGAGUUCCAGCGGAUUGGCACCGAGAGCGAGAAGAUGCACGUCGAGCGCGAGCUGCAGGACCUGAGGGAGCGGCUGGCGCAGGUCGGCAAGUGGAAGGCGCGGCGCGACGAGAUCGAACGCGAGCUGCAGCAAGUCUGGGUGGAGGGCGGUGCGGAGAUGGCGCCGCCUGCCUAUGUUGAGUCCGAGACCAUGGUAGCAACAACCACAACAGGGCAGCAGGAGCAACACGGGAGGCAGCACGCGGAGACGGAGGCGGACGAGACCCAGGAUGAGACAGACUAUCAGGAGGCUCAGGAAGAGAUGGCUCACGAAUCUGAGACGGAGAUGGAAACGCUUGUUGAGGAGGGGCCGGCCGGGAGUGUUGCUGGCGGUGGGAAGAGCGCGGUUGGGGGUGGGGAGGGGUCGACUGUGAUUGUAUGAAGCACUGACGGUCUGGUUCAAGUGGCAUGCCUGUACAUAGAUGUGUCGUUUGUGGACCUCUGUGAACAAGUGCACUGAUACAGUGCCGGCAGUUGGACAUAGUAUCGAAUUUGAGUCGGUGGACAACUAGGCUCAGCUUUGCGGAGUCUGUUGACUCUUGACGAACAAACCGUUCAUUAGCC